AUGACUUUAGCGGAUAUAGCCAGGGAUAUAACGAGGUUUACGUUGCAAAACGUGAAUGAUGCGAUUUCGUUUAAGCCCCAUCUUUGUCAUGAGGUUCCGGCGAGGCACUACGAUGCGCUGCGCCAGGAGUAUAUUUCUUUUACGGGGACGUCGAUUCGGAAGAAUAAGUAUAAGCUUUAUUACUUGCCGACGAAUGUUUUCGACGAGUUGCAGGUGUUGAGCCAGCCCGUCCCGGAGAUGAUGAGGGCUGGGGAGCAGCAGCAGCAGCGGUUUGACGUGGAGGGUGGUAAAGAUGUGGAUGGCCGGGCAGCGGAUUUGGGGUAUGGGUUUCAGUGUGGAGAUGCAGGGGCCGGUGGGGCAGCGACGGUGUAUUAUAAGAAACGGCUGAUUACGGAGUUGGAUUACGAGAACGUGAAGAGGGUGGAGAAGGCGUGUAUGCUGAUUGCGUAUGCGGCCGUGAACCAGUGCUUGCAGAUUGAAACGUGCGACGUUGGCAGCAGCGGCGCGACGGGGUGUGCGGCCGGUGGUUAUGGCAAUGCCAACGAGGAUGAUGAGGACGGGCGGGAGAAUAGUUCGGCCACGGGCGAGGAGUACUGCGAAGAGUGUGCGCGCAAGUCGCUGGAGAGGGGCGAGAUGCUUGGUUUCAGAGAGCUUGGGUACUUGAUCAAUAUCACGCCGUGGCAUUUUCACCGGGUGUUCAAGGUCAUAGCCGGGCUUACGAUACGUGAGUACGGCCAGCUGUGCUGUGAUUUUUUGAAGGGCCAAGAAGACAUUCUUUUCAGGGUACGCGAUAGGGUUGCUUUGUCGCGUGAAAGCGGUGAUAUGUUUUCUUGUUUGGAAGAUGAAGAAUUUAUGCAUGAAGACGCCAUUUUUAUCACUGGAGCCGGCGACGACGCUAUAAGUGGUGCCAACGACCGCGGCCCUCGCGGAGCCGGCAGUGGUGGCGACAACUUUGUCAUUCUGGCAGACUACUUUAUAGACCCAAACAAAUCAAAAGAGCUCAAGAAGAAGCUCAAGGAGCAGAAGUCCAAUAAUUCAUCUGCCUCCUCUAGCGCUAGGAAUUCUACGUCCACGGCGGCUGCUGCUGCCGACACCAACAACAGCCGGGUGGAGUUGCGCAAGCGCAGGUACAGCCUGAUGUCACAGCGUAUUAUGAAAGCCUCGCCAUCUAGCAUCAAAAACAACCCCACCAUCAUGGAUUGUCUCGAGAACUCCACCUUAACACGUGAAGAGUACGAAAGGCGCCAGAAGCAGAAACACCUGCAGCGUAGCAAGAUGAAAAGAAGAAAAAAAUCGAUUGUCUCUACUGCGUCUGCGGUUCGCAAGCCGCCCCUAUAUGGUGGGCGGCGCAGUAUAGCUAGCGGAAGCAGUAGCGGUGGAGGCCUCGAUUCCCAUAGCAUCCUGAAGAACGCCGUGGUCAAGCACGAGGGGGAGGCCGCGGUAGCUGCCGCCAGAGGCCAAACAGAGCACCCUGCCGGCGCAGCUGUGGCGGACGACCAACUAGCCAUGUUCCAAAGCCUAGCGGGACGUAUCACAAACAUUCCGUCCACCACCUCGUCCACCUCGUCCACCUCAUCUGCGUUACUCUCUAGCUGCGACUACGAGCAGGACAACCAGUCGUUGGGCCACUUUUCAAGCCCCACCCAGUCGGUGCUGGACUUCAAAUUUCCAACCUCCAUGUCCUCGGACGAGGCCGCCUCUGAUCUGAAUUCCGUGCUGAACGGCACCACGCCUGCCACCGCCGCCACUGCUGCUGUCUCUGGAGACAGCAGCAGCAGCAGCAUAUUACCCGGAGGCAGCGCGGCGACUACUGCGACGUCGACCGCCACUGCGACCGCCGCAGUCUCGAAUGACAUCUUUGGCGGCGACUCGUACAAGUACAACCUGGGCCUCGGCCUCGGCCUCGGUCCCAUGGGUGGCAACGAGGCCGCGUCGGCGGCCUCGCUCUCCGGCGUAGCCGGAGUGGCGCCAACAUCCAGGAACCACUUGUUCUACGAUUCCUCCAUGCUGCCCUCCUUCGCCCACCCAACAGCAGUCGCGGACCUGGCCGCUUCUUCAACUGCCGCCGCGGCGGUCGCCGCCGGCACUGCAAGCACCGCCAACAACGGCAACUACAACCUCACCUCCAUGACAGGCGGCGCGGGCGGCAGCGGCAGCAGCGCUUUAGCUGCCGCCGCCCCCCAACCCCAACAACACCACCAAUACCAAUUCCAACACCAGCAGCUGCAGCAACAACAGCAGCUGCUGUUUGACUUCGGGCCCCUUUUCGACGCCGCCAUCCCCCCAAACAGCACCCCUGGAGUUUACGGCAAUGCCGCUUUGGGCACAAUGGAGUAUCUAAUAUCCUCCUCUGCGGGUCUUUUCGAGGACGAUGACGACGGCUUGUAA